AUGUGUUUGGGGCAUUGGGAGACACAGGGCGGGCGGCGUAGCAGCCGGCACGAGAGGGCGGGUGUGAAGGCGGGCGGGUCCCGCGAUGCGCACGCAGCAUUACAUAACGGCGGCAGAGGCCGGGGGCGCGCGCAGUUGGCGGCGCGGGACGCGGGGCGCGGGGCGAUCGAUGCGCACCCGGGGGGAGUCAGUCGAGCGGCGAGCGAGCGACAUGGCGGCGCGCCCACCCCGCGCGGCGGCCCCGCGGCCCGGGCCGCGCGAGUAGGUCGCCAUGCGCGAUGCGGUAUGAGGCAGCGCCGCGCCCGGCGGGCCGGCCCCCGC